AUGAGGAAACAUCUGCGUGGAUGCUGGUUGGCCAUUGUCUGUGUCCUGCUCUUCAGCCAGCUGUCCUCAGUCAAGGCGAGAGGCAUUAAGCACAGAAUCAAGUGGAACCGGAAGGCCUUGCCAAGUACCUCCCAGGUCACGGAGGUCCACACUGCAGAGAUCCGCCCAGGGGCCUUCAUCAAGCAAGGCCGAAAGCUGGAUAUCGACUUCGGAGCUGAGGGCAAUAGGUACUACGAGGCCAACUAUUGGCAGUUCCCUGAUGGGAUCCAUUACAACAGCUGCUCUGAGGCCAACGUCACCAAGGAGAACUUUGUCACCAGCUGCAUCAAUGCCACCCAGGCGGUGAACCAGGAGGAACUGUCCCACGAGAAACAAGACAACAAGCUUUACCAGCGGGUCCUGUGGCGGCUGAUCAGGGAGCUCUGCUCCAUCAAGCAGUGUGAUUUUUGGUUGGAAAGGGGAGCAGGACUUCAGGUCACUCUGGACCAGCCCAUGAUGCUCUGCCUGCUGGUUUUCAUCUGGUUUAUUGUGAAGUAA